CCCACACGUGUGCCUUUGACCUUAUAAACACUUUAACACUUCGUACUACGUAAACUCUCAAGCUCUCUCUAUCGUACAAAAGCCCUAAUCCUUAUUCUGUUCCCACUUCCCCAACACACCCUUUGCCGUCUUCGAUUCUUCUUUCAAGGAUGCCGGCUGCGCGGUAUAUUCCCCCUAUAAAUACAUUAGACCAAAAGUUACAGAUUCAGAGGAGGCUUGGUGGUUUGAAAUCGUGCAAGUACUUUAAUCUUCUCACGAUGUAUCUCAAUAUGAAAGUUACUAAACCUGAUUUUGACAAGCUUUGCAUAGCAAUUAUUGGGAAUGAAAAUGUACCCCUUCAUAAUCAUUUUCUCAAGUCAAUCUUGAAGAAAGCUUGUCUGUCCAAGGCAGCCCCGCCAAGGCAGAGCGUAGCAGAAGGUUCUUUGAAAGUGAAAAUGCCAAAUGGAUGUAACGGCCUUCCGCCGCUAGGCAAGAACUCUCGAAAAUGUAGGACUCCAAAUUUGCGUGACCGCAGAUUCAAACACCACCCUAGCCCUCUUGGUCCUCAUGGGAAGAAUAGCAGCAUCGGAUUUGAGAAUUCAACUCCUGUAAUUCAAGAGCACCAAAUUGAUAUCGAUAUACAUCCUGUUGGAAACGGCCUUCAUGUGUCUGUGGAACAUAGGGAAGAGGUUAAUCCUGAUUCUGAAAAGCUAUCCAUUAAUAGAAGGAGUCCUGUACGAGCACCUCUUGGUCCUCACGGGAAGAAUAACGUCAUUGGAUUUGAGAAUUCAACUCCUAAAUCUCAACAGCACCAAAUGGAUACAGAUCUACAUCCUGUAGGAAACGGGUUUGAUGUGUCUGUGGAACAUAGGGAAGAGGUUAAUCGGGAUUCUGAAAGGUUGGCCACUAAUAGAAGGAGUCAUAUAGGAGUACCUCUUGGUCCUCAUGGGAAGAACAACGUCAUUGGAUUUGAGAAUUCAACUCCUAAAUCAGAUCUACAUCCUGUAGGAAACGGGUUUCAUGUGUCUGUGGAACAUAGGGAAGAGGUUAAUCUGGAUUCUGAAAGGUUGGCCAUUAAUAGAAGGAGUCCUAUACGAGCACCUCUUGGUCCUCAUGGGAAGAACAACGUUGUUGGAUUUGAGAAUUCAACUCCUAAAUCAGAUCUACAUCCUGUAGGAAACGGGUUUCAUGUGUCUGUGGAACAUAGGGAAGAGGUUAAUCUGGAUUCUGAAAGGUUGGCCAUUAAUAGAAGGAGUCCUAGACGAGCACCUCUUGGUCCUCAUGGGAAGAACAACGUUGUUGGAUUUGAGAAUUCAACUCCUAAAUCAGAUCUACAUCCUGUAGGAAACGGGUUUCAUGUGCCUGUGGAACAUAGGGAAGUGGCUAAUCGGGAUUCUGAAGGGCUGGCCAUUAAUAGAAGGACUCCUAUGCGAGCACCUCUUGGUCCUCAUUUGAAGAACAACAACAUUGGAUUUGAGAAUUCAACUCCUAAAUUUCAAGAGCACCGAGUGGAUACAGAUUUACAUCCUGUAAGAAAAACGCCUCAUUUGUCUGUGGAACAUAGGGAAGAGGUUAAUCGGGAUUCUAAAGGGCUGCCCAUUAAUAGAAGGACUCCUAUGCAAUUACCUCUUGGUCCUCAUGUGAAGAACAAAAUCAUUGGAUUUAAGAGUUCAAUUUCUAAAUUACAAAAGCAGCUAGUGGAUACUGAUCUACAUCCUGUAAGAAAAAGGCCUCAUUUGUCUGUGGAACAUAGGGAAGAGGUUAAUCGGGAUUCCAAAGGGUUGGCCAUUAAUAGAAGAACUGCUAUGCGAGCACGUGUUGGUCCUCUUGUGAAGAACAACAGCAUUGGAUUUGAGAAUUCAACUCCUAAGUUUCCAGAGCACCAGAUAGAUACAGAUUUACAUCCUGUAAGAAAUGGGUUUCAUGUGUCUGUGGAACAUAGGGAAGAGGUUAAUCGGGAUUCUGAAAGGCUGGCCAUUAAUAGGACUCUAAUACGAGCCCCUCUUGGUCUUCCUACCUAUGAUAAUAGAGCACAAAUAUUUACACAUCAAGGAUUACAAUCUGGUAUUGUCACAGAUACCUGUCAAAGUACUGGUUAUUUACCUGAUACAUAUUCUUUGAUGAAAAGGAUGGAGCAUAACAUGGAAACUAAGGGGUGUAACCUAACAGCAGAUGCAGCUUAUGUAUUGAAUACUGCGCUUGAUAUUUACCUCAAAAAAUUGAUAAAACCUUGUUUUGAUAUAGCGGAUUCAAUAUCUGUAAAUAAAUUUAGUAGUCAAACCCAACCUGGUAUGAAUGAGUUGCCACGAAAUAGGCAUGUGCAAAAGCCAAUUGGAUCUGCUUCUGCAUCAGCCUCCGAAUUUAGGACAUCAAUGGAGUUGAAUCCUACCAUACUAGGGGAAGAUUGGCCUCUACAUAUUGAGAGGACUUCCAUUCUUGCAUUUGAAGAACGAGAUAAACAAGCUCAACCUUUUAUUUAUCCAAGUUACAAAUACAAGAUUUUCUCAAAGUAAUGGUAUUGAAAUGGGUUAGUUCAGUCUCAAUUCUGACUGAGUUUUUACGGAUAGAUAUCACCGACAUACAUAGAGGUGAGAAUAUAGGAAGUUUUCAAACUGGUGACCAUACCAUGUAUAGGUUUCAAUAUUGGAUAGUUUGGCUUCAGGCAUUUUCUAUCAUAAAAAUGUCAACUAACAGUUAGAGUCAAGUUUGGUCAAUAGAUGCGGGAAUCACUUUUAAUGAUGUCUCUAGGAUAUUUCUUCAUUUUAUUAAGAACUUUUUGAAUAAAUCUCAUAUUCAAUAUCUCCAGGCCUAAAAUCAUGUUCCUCGGUGUUUGAAUUGAGUAUCAUUUAUACCCUUUUUUUUUCCUUUCUAUACCAUUUAUAUAAAAGGCACUCAUGAGUUUAUAUCUAUAAUGUUAUUGUCAUCCUGUUACUCU